CAUCUUCCUCCAUCGCUUGGUAGACUUUCGGAUGAAUGGAGGAGAUGGUGGGCACCGCUGCAGCGGAGGACUGUCGAGUUCCUCAUCUCCCUCCUCCAGAUCAGUUGGCGGGCGCCGGAGGCGAAGAGAAGGGAUUGCCUCCGGCAGAUCAUCGGCCCCUCGUAGCUGCGCUGCAGCAGAUGGACAAUUCACAUAACAACUCCAUGAAAGGUCCAAAUAUUGCUCUUGCUGCUCCACACCCUGACAUAGAAAUGGGGACUCUCCAACCAACUCCACCAGUUGAGGAUGGCGUGAGUUGUGGCAGCAACGCUAACACUAUGACCAAAGAGAGAAAGCUGGAUUUUGACCUCAAGGUGUCAGUGCUCCUCAUCACACUCUCCAUGAUCCCAUUGACCGACAUACUCUUCCUCCAUGGACCAACUGCUAAGCUGAACCUGACUCUCAAGCUCUCAGCGUUCAUCGCCUUCACCGCCUUCGCAUCCGCUGUCUGCCUCAUGUUCCACACUUUUAAGCUGAUGGCCAUCGUCAAGCCAGAACAGUUCCUCCCCAAGAGUCAGCUCAGGGCUUCUAAGAUCCUCUUCUCCAUUGCCGUGGGUUCCCUGUUCUUGACAUGCAUAUCAAUCACCUAUUCCCUCCUACCCAAAGCCUACUACUUGCUGCCUCUUGCGCUGCUCCCAUCGCUCCUUGUCGGAGGCUUUCACUUCCUCUAUGGCGCUGACACUGAUAACAAUGGGGAGGUCGUCACUCCAGCGCGGAUCAAAGCUCUGAAGAAGGAACUGAAGCGCGCAACACAGCUCACCUUGUCUCUGGUCUCGAUGUCCUUCUCGGGGUUCAUCGGCGUCCUCCUUGCCAUCUACCACAAGGCGGCCAGCCUCGGCGCAGCAUUUUCCUACGCCAAAGUCUCCGUUUACCUCUUGCUCGGCGGAGGCAUAGCCGGAGCUUUGGCGUUGCUUCUGUGCAGGCUGCUGUCCAGCAAUGGCGGCGGUGACCGUCAGUCGGGGGCAUGGCAAAGGGCGAUACUUGCUGCCGCAAACGCCGCCAUGACCGCCAUGCUCGUGCCGGCUGUCCUCAUGAUCGCCGAGACGAUCUUGCACCGCCUCCUCGUCGGCGCCGCGUUCCCGGUCGUCGCCGGGGCCGCCGCAUGGCUGCUCAUCGAGUUCUGCACCGCAGAGGGCGGCGGGGGCACGGAGACGGAGGACGGAAAGACGGCGCAGGGCAGCACGAUGUACGCCGUAGCAAUGGCGGUGGCGUCGGUGUCGUUCGGCGCCAUUCUGGCGAUUUUCGGCGGGAUGCUUGGCGGCGGAGUGGGCAAGGAGCAGCUGAAGGCGUGCACGUUCCUCCUGGCCUCGGCGUUCGUCGCCGCGGUGAGCUUGGGGGUCGUGGUGCUGUCCGGGAUGGCGCGGCCGGAGAAGACGAAGGCGAGCACGGCUUUCGCGGCGACGGUGCUGACCUGCUGCGGCAUUGGCACGCUCGUGCUCGCCGCGCUCGCUCUCUUCUAUCAGAUCGGCGCAUGAGCCGGGAAGGAAAGGAACGCUAGCUGUGAUCGACUCGUCGAAGCAGGUUGCUCGAAUCAGGCACGUGCAUGCAAUGCAAGAGGAUUAAUUAGUGUCAAUAUUAAGAUGCCUCUGAAGAUAGUUCCCUUCAAUCGACAAUCUGCUCUGUAAUAGGCCGUUAAUGGUGCAUUCCUAACUGCUGUCCUAGCGCCUUUUCCUAUGAACCUGUUUUUCUUAGCUGCUCUACUUUCGGACCUUAAACUGAAUUUUGAACCUGAGCUUUGUUUCGCUGGAAUAAAGCGGGAGCGAUCCUUUUCUCUAAAAAAAA